AUGCAUAUCCUAGUCACUAACGAUGAUGGACCACCGUCAUCACACUCCUCGCCAUACAUUCGCUGUCUUGUGAAGCAUCUGGAGGAUGCAGGGCACAUCGUAUCAGUCUGCUUGCCUCAUACCCAGCGCUCAUGGAUCGGCAAAGCCCAUAUGAUUGGGCAAACUCUUAAACCCACGUACUACACGCCUUCAUCGAACAUCCACGGCGAGGACAAUGAGGGAACGACACGUCAGUUGCCCUCUACGGCAGCUGAUGCCGACGAAUGGGUUCUUAUUGAUGGGACGCCGGCAUCAUGUGUCCAGAUUGGAUUGUACCACUUCUUUCAGGAUAAAGGCCCAAUCGACCUAGUUAUCAGCGGACCCAACUACGGGCGGAAUACGACGUCUGUGUUUGCUCUGAGCUCUGGGACACUGGGCGCUGCACUGGAGGCGGCUGUCUGCAGAAGGAAGGCUAUUGCUCUCAGCUUCGCCUUCUUCUCGAGGAACCACGACCCUCUUAUUAUUGAGGCUGCCUGUCGCCAUGGUGUCCGGGUUAUAGAAGCUCUAUACAAGCAGUGGCCCACGGACGAAAGUGUUGAUGUAUAUAGCGUCAAUGUCCCGCUGGUAGAGGGAGUCGAGGAGCACAAGACACUCUGGGCGGAUAUGCUGCAGAAUUACUGGAAAGAAGGAAGCUGCUUCCAGGAGAUUGAUGGCGAUACUGGCGACGCUGACGAAGAAGAGGCUCGAAUUAGGCAAGGUGAAAUUGAUAACGGGCCGACUUUACAGGAGAAAAAGGGACACAAGCAUAAGCAUUUCAAGUGGGCUCCGAGGAUGGCGGAUGUUUACAAGAGUGUCGAAGAGUCUGGCCCCGGUAACGAUGGGCGAAUUAUUCGAGACGGGAACACAAGCAUAACUCCAAUGAAAGCCAACUUUGCAAUCUCACAUCCUGUACCUGCCGCCACGGAGUUUGAGUUUGGGUUUGAAGCGACAAGUGCAGAUGCAGCUUUUCAAGCCAUCAUUGCCUACGAAGAUCCCUAUGUGCAGCCCCUUAUUGUCACUGCACUGAAUGCCAUAUUUCCACGAGGCUUGGUCAAGCUCGUCACGGAUGUUUCGAUGACAGAUGACUUUUCAAUAGCCAAUUUUUUGGACUCUCCGGAGUCUAAAGUAGUACAGAUCACGCCCUACGAAUCCAUUGAUUUCGAGUUUGCGGCAACGCAUCCGACAUCGUGUCUGAUAAACAGCUAUAUGAUCCGCAAGGCCUUGAUCCGCAAGCACUACCUCUCGGCAACUGUAGAUCACUGGGUUGCGAAGAACCCUGAUUCCCCGCUCAAAACGCACGUCAAACGAAGCGAAUCCUUUGAAGUUGACUACGCCGAGUUUCUAGACGACGCACUGGUCGAGGCCUUCGAUCUCCGAGAGAGCAUGGACCGCAACGCUGAAAUGGACGAAAGCGAGCCGUCAAAAAGGGAAUGGUGGAUCUUGAAACCCGGAAUGAGCGAUCGAGGACAGGGGAUUCGUCUAUUCAGCACAAUGGAAGAACUACAAGACAUCUUUGACCGUUGGGAAGCAGACCGCCCUGACAGCGACGACGACGAGGACUAUACUCACGACCAAGACACCCACGGCGAAGGCGGCGACUACAUCACUACCUCUCACCUCCGUCAUUUUGUCGCCCAACCCUAUAUCCACCCACCUCUUCUCUUGGAUGACCGUAAAUUUCACAUCCGGACCUAUGUCCUCUGCACAGGCAGUCUCACCAUCCAUGUCUACAAACAUAUGCUCGCCCUCUUCGCCGCAAAGACCUACUCUUGUCCCUGGCAAUCCCCCGACGACAUCGAAUCCUUCCUUACAAACACAUGCCUCCAGGAAUCGCCCAACGAGAACUCGGUCCGGCGUUUCUGGGACCUGCCGCUGCCCCAGACGCAGCUCUCUGGUAUAUUUGAGCAGAUUUGCAGCGUGACGGGUGAGGUAUUUGAGGCAGCCGCUCGGGGCAUGCCGGUUCAUUUCCAAACGUUGCCGAAUGCGUUUGAGGUGUUUGGGCUGGAUUUCAUGGUUGACCAGGGUGGAAAGACAUGGUUGCUGGAAAUCAAUGCUUUUCCAGACUUCAAGCAGACGGGCUGGGACUUGAGUGAGAUCGUGGAGGGGUUUUGGAGGGGUGUUAUGAGAGUCGGUGUUGGAAAAUUCUUGGGUGUUGACGUUGCGAAAUGCGAGGAUGAGGGGGAUAUGGUUUUGGCUAGGGAUGUUGAUCUGGGGAAGAGGUGA